CGGUAACUAACACGUGACGUAACAAUGGCAGUGAUCGAAAAGAAACCAAACAGCGCCGCAGAAAGUGAGAUACGAGAAGAAUGGAGUGAGAAGCAGAUGUGUAAAGAAGAAGCGUAACCAUGGCGCUUACUUUCAGAACGCUCUUCCUCAUGCUACUCGCAAUCCUCUCUCUUCUCCUUUUCGAGGACUGGGUGUCAACGCCUUCUUGCAACAACACCGACAACAUCAUCGACAACAACCUUAAAGUCAUGAUGGUCGCUGACCUCCUUCUCUCCGAUUCCGGUUUCGUCAACCGCUUCUUCCGAGACUACUACAUGUCCAAAUUCUUUCGGAAAUCGUUCGAGGUGCUGCGGCCCGAUUUGCUUCUGGUGUUGGGCGACGUUUCGGCGCGAGGCUCGGAGCUAACGAGGAGCAAGUGGGUGUCGGUGCUGCGGAGGUUUUACAGAGUGUUGGGCCCUUUUGUUGGGCUUCCGUUCCACGCUGUUCUCGGCGACAGAGACGUUGGAGAGUGUGGGGCCGUUGAUGUUGAUAGGGUUAGUUGGAUUGCGAGCAAGUUUCCUGGGUUGGAUUCCUCUGGCUGCGCCGCGUUUGAGAUUGGGAACGUGAGUUUUGUCACGCUGAACUCGAUGGCUCUGCUUUGCGGGGGGAGUGGUGGGUUGCGUUUUGAGGUGGAGAAGGUGAUAGAAAGGGAGAGUGUGGAGGUUCACAUGGGAACGGAGAGGGUGGUGAAGAGAGUCAAUGGUUUUGGGGAGUUUGCAGAUGCGGAUGUUUUAUCUGGGUCAGGGCCUGUCGUUUUGCUGCACCUGCCGUUGGAUCAAACGAGGAAUGAACAAUUUGGUUCGGUUGGUGAUUUUGAGAAGUAUUGGACUUCUUCCAUGGAGGGGUUAAAUGUGGUGCCAGAAAGCAGAAUUAGGGGUGGCCUGUACAAGUUGCUUCAUACCCUGCCUCCGAAUGCUUCUGAGUACAUUUUACAAGCUUUGAAACCAAGGAUUAUUUUCAGUGCUCACAGGUAUACGUUUUCUGAUCACGUUCAUGGGGACAGAACUCGUGAGAUUAGUGUUCCAGCAAUGUCAUGGAACGCAAGAGAUGACCCUGGAUUUGUGAUUGCCUCUUUCCAAAAGGCAGGAAGAGCAGUGAGCAUAAGCCAUUGUUCUCUUGCUAGGGAAUCUCAAAUUGUUCUAGUCUACAUUUCUGUAAUGUUUUUGUUCUGUUUGAUGUGUUUAAAAGGAUAUUUAAUUUUUAAAUGGAAUCGGCUUGUUCAGGAGGGCGUUUUUGGAAAGAAACAAUAUUCAGAAACCCUUUUUGGCGGAUUGAGUCUUAUUUUUUCGAAGUUUAGCACAUUUGCAAAUUCGGUUUCCGUUCUCUGCCACUCUUUCGAUUCUCCGGGUUUUUUCGAUUUUGAAGAAAGGAAGAGAUUGUUUUGUUUGUGUUGUUCGAAAGCAAGGUUCUUGACGCAGAUCGAUUCUCCAGCCUUCCGCCUUCCUUCAAUUCAACUCAGCUCUCUGCGCCUUCCCCUGCACGCCCAUGGCCGCAUCAUAGCACCGAUUGAUCAAUCGAUCACAUCAAAAUCAAUGGCGGAAAGCGCAUCACCGUCGUCCAAACCCUCACCAAUGGACCCUCAGAACCCCGCACCAUCCUCCAACCCUACAAUCCCUUCCCCUUCCCACAACAACAUGCCUUCACCUUCGCUCCCUCCGCUUCCCCAAGACCAGCAACAGCAACAGCAACAGCAGCAGCAGCAGCAGCAGCAGCAAAAUCUUCAUCAACAGUUGAGUCCGCCUCAACAACAACAGCCUCUCGUGUCGUCGCAAGCCAUGAACACCAUCAACGGCAUCAACCCUAUCUCCAAUUUCCAACUCCAGCAGACGCUGCAGCGAUCGCCUUCCAUCUCGCGCCUCAAUCAAAUCCAGCCUCAGCAGCAGGCGCAGCAGCAGCAGCAGUUCGGCGUCAUGCGCCAGCAGGCCGGAUUGUACGGCGGACAGAUGAGCUUUGCUGCCGCUGGUGGCGGAGCGGGCCAGCAGCAGCAGUUGGGCGGCUCCAAUUUGUCGCGGUCCGCGCUGAUAGGGCAGAGCGGACACUUCCCCAUGUUGUCUGGUGCUGGCUCGCAGUUUAACUUGCUCUCCUCGCCAAGGCAAAAAGGUGGGCUAGUUCAGCAGUCUCAGUUCUCAGGUAAUUCUGCUGGACAGUCUCUGCAAGGAAUGCAAGCAAUGGGUAUGAUUGGAACACCAAAUCUCACCUCUCAACUGCGAGCUAAUGGAGCCCUUGCUUAUGCACAGCAGCUGCGAAUGGGUCCGGGUCAAAUCAGGCAGCAGAUGUCUCAGCAAAGUUCACUAACUGGACAGGUUCAAGGUUUACCAAGGUCAUCAUCCCUUGCUUUUAUGAACUCUCAGUUGUCUGGGUUGUCUCAGAAUGGGCAACCAGGGAUGGUUCAUAACUCCUUAACACAGCAACAGUGGCUUAAGCAAAUGCCAGCAAUGUCUGGCCCUGCCUCACCAUUGCGUCUUCAACAGCAGCAGAGGCAGCCGUUGGCUUCUUCUACUCAAUUGCAACAAAACUCUAUGAGCCUGAACCAGCAACAAUUGUCCCAGCUGAUUCAGCAACAGAAAUCGAUGGGGCAGUCUCAGCUGCAUCAGCAGCAGCAGCAGCACCAGCCUCAACAACAGCUGCAACAACAGCUCUUACAUCAGCAGCCACAACAACAGUCUCAGCCACAGGCUUCUGUCCAUCAACAGCAACAGUCUCCAAGGAUGCCAGGAACUGCAGGCCAAAAGUCAUUCAGUCUAACAGGAUCACAGCCAGACGCUACUGCAUCUGGUGCAACUACACCAGGUGGUAGUUCUAGCCAAGGAACAGAAGCAACAAACCAAGUUCUUGGGAAGAGAAAGAUACAGGAUUUAGUUGCACAGGUGGAUCCACAAGGUACACUGGACCCCGAAGUUAUAGAUCUUCUUUUAGAGCUUGCUGAUGACUUCAUUGACUCUACAACUACACACGGUUGCAUUUUGGCAAAACAUAGAAAAUCAUCAACUUUGGAGUCCAAGGAUUUAUUGCUACACCUAGAGAAAAAUUGGGAUUUAACAAUUCCAGGAUAUUCAAGUGAAGAGAAGAAGUAUCAAAGCAAACCUCAAUUAAAUGACCUUCACAAGAGGCGCCUGGAUAUGAUUCGCACAAUGAUGGAAUCUUCGGCCUCUGAGUCAAAUAUUAAUAGUUCUAAAGAGUUGAGUAGACAGGGCAUUUCAAAUCCUACCCCUAUGGGAGCUCACCAUCUAGUAAGACCCAUGAGUUCAGAGCAGUUGGUUUCUCAGGCAGCUGGUUCUCAAAUGCUACAGCAGAUGACAAGGUUUUAAUGAACUUUUGAUUUUGGACUUCGUGCUGCUAGGUUUGACUGCCUGUGCCUGGUCUGGGAAGAGAUUGCUUUCUGAAACUGAUUAGUAUACAAGGGAACUGUAAUUACUUAGUAUUUAGACAUGAAAAAUAGUUGUUAAAGGAUCCCAGUAACUCUUGAUAUUGCCCCAACCCUCAAUAGUAGUCCUUUUGUUUUACUGUUUGAUCUUAAUUAUGGUUUUCUAAUGUCCAUUGGUGCCUGUUUCCGAGUUCAUUUUGUAGUUUAAAUACUAGGAUACAUGUUGUUUAUGAUUAAGUAGGCAAAACUGGUGUAAAGCUUUUCAAUUUUGGAUCGAGUGUAAAGCAAACCAUGGGCUUUGAAUUUUAA